GCCCGAGAGAGCGCGUUUAAUUCGAGCCAGAAACUUCAACGGUGCAGAUCGUCAACUCUGAAACAGCAACCGCAAGUGUCUUUUUGUUUUAGCAGGACAAGCAAGACAGCAAAAGAAGAAACAAAAAGUAGCUAAAAACAAAAACAAACCAACCUUAAUUGUGCUACAGAGAGAAAGUGAAACAUUGUGCAUUAGAAGAGGCGAGAAGCAGUGAACGAUCAUUGAACGGUGUGAGCAAGCAAGUGCGCAUUAAGUGAGAAUAAGCCGGAAAAAAAGCUUAAGGUGAAUAAAGCGGUGAAAAAAAUCAAAACAAUUGUGCAGUGGUGAGAAGCGGUGAAAGAUUAGAAACACAGUGUCGGAAAUAUAAGAAAAAAACGGAAGGAACCAUUCAAGCGCCGUCUGUGCAGUCGUAAACUGAGCCACUGGGCCCGGAAGCAAAUUCAAAUCUCUAUCUCCAGUGCACUGGUGAGACUAGUUCCGUGUGUAAAGCAACAGAAAAAAACAGCACGCAAAAGCAACGGAAAACUUAAAUGCACUCGUAAGCAACGAAACCCUUCGUCGCGCAGCGCAGUGUGUAUCGUAUUCUGGUUGUGAAGUUGCCAGUUGCAGUGUACAAAAUGGCACACGGAAGGAAGCUAAGCUUCAGUGCGGCGGUAAUGGUGGUGUCGAGCCUGGUGACCGUGUGUUCCGGUUCGGCCAUCCCGAUGUGGGAGUUUCUCAGCCGUGGCGAAAAGAUGUCGCAUCUGUACACGAUGUUCGCCAAGCAGGUGUCGAGCUACUGCAAAAACUCCCAAGACAUGCCGACCAACAUGUGCAAGCGCAAUCUGCUGAUGUACGGCAUCAACAAGCUGCAGGACAUGAACGAGUCGCACCUGGACUCGAUGGACCCGUACCAGCGUGGAGCGACCGAUAUAAUUUGGGACGCGAUGAUGGACGGACACACGAAGAACGGCAAAAAGAAGACGCAGACGACGGUCGCGCCGGCCUACAUCAUGAGCGAGCAGUUCGAGCACAACCCGCUGUUCGACGAUCCGGCCCCGACCGAUGGGGCGGUGCGCAAGAGCGGCAACGGCCCGGUCAACAAGUACGGCAUGGACUACGACUACGCCAGUGGACCUACCGGGCAGGAGAUGCAGUACUCCGAGCCGCAGAACCACCUGCCGCAGGAAGCACCGACGAACGUCGAUUACAGCUACGAGCCGGCCGCGUCCGCCCACUUCAACAACCUGGCCCCGUACGAGCAGACGAGCAACUACCUGACCGGCCCGAUGGUGGUGCGCCUCCGCCCGGACGGUACGCCCGUGGAGGAGGACAAGGUGCAGCCGGCACCGGUCGUGCCCAAGGACGACGACAUCAAGGAGAUGACGCUCGGCAAGGAGAAGAUGCCCAGCUUCCAGCAGAUCUACGACAGCCUGAAGCAGAACGAGGAGCAUCAUCUGCCGUCGACGGCUGCACCGACCACCGCCGCACCCACGACGACGGCUGCACCCCGGCCGGCCGUUGUGCUGCCGGUGGUGGCACCCACACAGCAAGUGUACGCCUACGUUCAGCGUCUGCCCAACUACCUCCGGUCGUACCGCACCGCCUACCGGGUGUACAACGCGCACUAAGCCCCGCGUUCGUCCUGCAAACGGAAACCGAUCGCGAUCGAAAGCUGAAUGUGAUUUUAAUUAAUUAACUCAACAACAACAACAACAAAACCUAACCCGCUGAAUGCUGAAAACCAGAACGACGCGAUCCGAGCAUAGGACAACCGACCACCAUCAUCACCAUCACCAGAAGAAGAAUGCAGACAAACGACUGAGACGCACAGUGAGCAAAAAAUGGCAAACAAAAAUUCGCGAACCGGUUCGGUUCUUUUUUUCAAACGAAACGCAGACCCCAAAACGCCGACGUUAUGAAUCUUCCAAAACGGAUAGAGACGAGCUUUUCAAACAUUCCAGUCGAGGAGCUGUGCUCGGCAGCGCGUGCGAUGUGGGAUGUUUCGGGACAGCAACGGACAGAAACCAGCGCUAGACAUUGACCGUACAAACACGAUCGUGCACCUCGGCACAGCUAAUCGGAACCGCAAUGAGGAACAACGCCGCCCCGCGCGGUUGCUUUCUUUUUACGAUCGAUGCAGAAGCCUCACCCUGCCAGCAGCGCAAGCUAACUGCGAUCAACUGGUACUGGUUGUGUUGAUCGAGAGUUCUAGCCGUACGCCUGCCUGGGAAAGGGUGCGUUCGGAGUGCUCUGCCGAUCGUUCAAGAUCGUGUGAUAGAACCGCCGGGUGUGUGACAGACAGAGCUUCGGGACGUUUCCCGCUAGAGAGCGCUCGCGCGCUUUUUAAUACUAUUUAUAACCCAUUACGUCAUUCAUGCGCGGGUGCACAUUUCAUUCCGUUUCGUGAUUAGUUUUGUUGCUCUCGCCAUGAGUGCAGGAGAAGCGACGAGAAGCAAAAGAAUACGAAUAAGAGAGUGUGAAAGAGAUAGAGAGAGAGAGAGAGAGAGAGAGAGAGAGUGCUGCAGCGGCUGCAGCGUUAACAGUAGCCUCGGUCGAGAUGGAUUUAAUUUAAUUUUAUCAUUAUUUUAUUGGUAUAUGUGUUAAGCGCGCCCGAGCGGGAACAGGGGUACGUUAAAUUAUUUCUCAAUGUAUUUAUGUGUGUGGUGCGCGCGGCCUGCAAAUGGCGGAAGGUAUGGCAAGUAAUGGCAAGCGUUUGAGCAAUUCUAUCUAGAUUGGCAGAGGCCAUGUGCUGACGUGGGGGCAGAGUAGAUGGCCAUAGUAACAGCAAAAUCAAACACACACUAAAAUAUGUCAAAGAUACGUCAGCACAGCAAAACAUACAAAAGCAACAAAUCGGGCGCAUACAAAGCAUACACCAGACAAAUUUAAACGAUUUUGGGUACGAAACGGACGCACACGGAGAGUGCAGAUGCGCUGCUCGGGUGCCGAAGGUUUCAUCCCAAAAUUGAACGGUAUUCCAAAUAAUUUGGAGAAGUUUUU